UUCCCUAGGCCGCGGCGGGAUCCAUGCGGCGGUGAGGAGGAGGAGAGGUCGUCGUCGUUGGGGGUGGCGGCGGCGGAGCCUCUCGAGGUGGCGGAGCUCGGGCGGGCUUGGCGGCCACCUCCCCCCCAUCUACUGCUAGCGAGGAGGACGAGAGGCCGAGCGCCCGAGAAGAGAAGUAAGGAGAGAGGAGAAUAAAGAAAAGAAAAAAGAGAUGUGGGGCCCACAUUAUUCUCUCACUUACACAUGGGCCCUACAUACUUUUUGUUUCGCUCUAUGCUGCCACGUUUAUGGGACUAAACUGCACAGUUUUAUAUAGUUUAUGGGUGAAGAUUUUUGGUACAGAGGAUAAGGGAUGUCAAAGAGGGAUGGCAGGUGAACUUAUUCCUUUAUUUAACAUUCUCUAAGUGCAGUUAGCGGGAAAUUCCGGCCAGAUUUAUUGGGCUUAUAUGGCCUAGAGGGCUAGAUGUCUCUAGAAUCUAGAUCGGCGGCCGGGCUCCCACCACUCCACACUCCACAGGAAUGCUACCACCACUCGUGUCUGCGCUUUCGCCACGGUCUCCGUCGCGUGGGCGCGAGGAGGAUGCAAACGGAGGAGGCAGCCGGCGAGGUGGUGGGAGGCGUUGUCUCCGGCGGUGGCGCUUGGCGAGUGAGGCUGGUGCGGGCGCUCGGUGCCUCGGUGCUGACCGCGAAGAGAGGGGGCUUGCGGGCAAGGCAUGCAGCUCAGGUGCUCGACGAAAUGCCGCACGAGGGGAAGGCGCUGUUCCAGCUGCGGCCUUCGGGGAUGAGCGCGCGGCAGGGUCAACCGCCGUGAACGUACAGUGGGAUCUGGGCCAGGAUGCUCGGUUUGACCGGGUUGCCGCGAUGGCGUGGCGGAGGCAGAGCACUGUUGCCAUGGACAUGAUGGCUCCCAAUUGGGCACCUUCUGCUUUCAUGUGUCACUGGGGCAGAUGUCUUGACACGAUGACAACCGGGCAGUGGAGAUUGAAGAGAUCUAGAUGUGUGAUCGAUGUCGCCUAUGCGGGGUUGCGCUCAGGCUCAGCUACACGGCUCAUACUUGCUGACAUACGAAUUGAUCUUGAUCAGAGUGGUUGUUCUAGUAGCAAUAUCUGAUGGCAGCAAGAUCAAUUUCCCAGAUAGCAAGAACCAUCGAUCCAUUCUAUGCGUCUUCCUGUCAAGACCUCAGAUCAGUGUUCAUCAGUUGAUGAUCAAGUGACACCAUGAUGCAGAGUUACAUGUUUCACUCAAGGCAAACCAGAAAUCUCGUCAGAAGCUUCACGUCCUACAUCUGCACAGGGGCAGCAAAACCAGAAAUCUCCUGGUCAUCAAGUCCUCAACUCAAGGCUUAUAAAUAGAAAGGCCCCAGGCUUCUUUGUAUCCAAACACCUCUUCACAUUUUUCCCUCCAAGAAACCGACCCGCUCCACUCCACCCCGCAACGCAAGAAACCAAGAACUCCUCGACCGCCGGCUCGAGGCCACGGCCACCCACCCACCGCCGCCGGGAAGCAGCGAUUCUUCCUCGGGAAGGAGGACACCGCCGGCCAUGGAUCCGGAGGCGGAGGAAGCGCAGCUUCGCCUCGAGAUGGAGUUGGCAAAGAAGGCCAAGGCGGACAUGUCUGGGUUGCAACGCUCCAGCAGCCUCGGCUUGGACCACGCCGGCUUGUAUCCGCUGCCAUUGCCGCCAGGGUGGCGGUCCGCCCCAACCUCGCCCCUGAGGACACCAUCGAGCCCGCCCCCGCUCCAGUUCCCGCCGGCGUGGGCGGCUGAUGUUGCCGGCACGUCGGGCUCGGCGGCGCCCGAGGACGAUGGCCCAGCAAGAAAUGCCGGCGCUGAUGAAGCCACGGCUGGGUCUGCGCCCAAGAACGAGGACCCAGCAAGAGCUGCGGGCGCCGAUGAUGGCCCCACGAGGUCUGACUACGCCGCGAUGAUGCGGAUGGCAUUGGCCAAGUUCCAAGACGACGAUGCUGCUGCCGACGACGAGGAGGCGGCGUCCGCGGUGAUGGAGCAGGCGAUGACCGGCCUCAUGGACCUCACCUACCGCAAAGCGAAGCCUCCAGAGCUGCCUUACGAGUUCGCCACAAGAUGGCCUAUUCCUAUUGCUCAUGAUGGUACGCUUCAAGCGGAAGUAAUGCGUGAUCCUGUUAUCUUGCCUUCUGGAUAUUCUGUUGAUCAAACAUACCAAAACAACCAAAAACGGCAGAAUCCAUGGACAAAUACCAGCACAUUUACUGAUCACUCCUUGCCCUACUCUCUCUCUGUUCCAAACCACCUUCUCCGUGACAUGAUUUCUGCAUGGUGCCUCGAUCACUCGGACCUUUCCCCAUCUACCACUUCUGAUACACCUUCCACUCCCUUGGAACCUUCAGAGGAGGAACAAAUUCAACGCAUCCUAAAACUAUUCUCAGGGAAUUCUGCAUCGCAACGAGAGGCUUUGAAACUGAUCCAGCUACUCACUAAAACCACCAAAGGGGUGCAACCUUGCCUUGCCAAGUAUGCGGACAUUAUCCCAGUGCUGAUAAAUCUUAGGAGGAAAUAUAAAUCGAGUUGGACACAAGAUCUUGAGGAAGAGAGGCUCACAAUAAUCCUCAAUCUGACCAUGCACAGGCAAAACAGGGAGAUCCUAGCUGGACAGAAUGAAUUAGCAGGUGCUAUAAAAAAAAUUGUUAAGAAGGCUGGCAAUCGUGGUAAGCGAACAUCAUCCUUGGCGAAGGUAGCUUCUAUAGUUGCUGUCCUGUCAGAGUUUGACAUGUUCAGGAAAAGAAUGCUGGAUGCUGGUGGAAUGAAAAUGCUUCGAGGUAUGCUCAAGAUAAAGGAUACUGAAGUGAUAACGGAGGCUGCCACUGCGAUCCUUGCACUCUACGCAGAUGGUGAAGGCGAGCAACCAGCCAGAUUUCAUGAGGUGCCUCAGAUGCUGCUGGAAUGCCACAUGUUCACUGAUGGGAUCCUGCUUCUUCUUGACCGUCUGCCAAAAUCCCCACGUGUUUUCAGAAAAAUCUGUGAUCAGGCUUUGCAAUUGGUGAAUAUCGUCAUGGCUGAAGAUGCAAGUGGGCCGGUGACACGUAAGGGCAUCCUCUCAGCAAUUUCCUUGAUCUACGAGAUUGUUGAAAGGGAUGUGGGUAAGAUGAAUGCGGUGAAGAACAUGGAGGAUUUCAUCGAGCGGUUGCGUCAGCUAUCAUCAGAUAGAUUGCCGAUGCAGAAAAUGCUCCAGGUGGAGAGAAUAAUCAGGACUCUGUCAGAUGCGUUUCCAGCUCCUACGGUGCGAGGGCGAUGCCAAGAACCCAGUGGAAGCCGUCUUCUAGCUUGAAUCUUAUACUGUUCUUCUGUACAGAUCUCAAAAGGCUCGAGAUUUUACUUCUGCUCGCUUAACUUUCUGGAGAAGUUUGAAUUUGUUGACUGUGCAGCAAUGUGAUGGAUCACACGAACAAUUCAAAGCAUAGACAGAAUAACUUUGUUUCACUUCCUGGUGAGAGAUUGUAACAAAUGAUUGGUGUUAGUAACUGACCGAAUUGAAUAUUAUUGUGAUUCUGUGUAGUACUCCUGUAUGAAGAGAAAAAUCUUGUAUCAACUGGUGACCAUUCGUUUCUUUUCUCGAGUGUUACAAUUGGUAUAUAAUCCCUUGUUAAUAA